UGUCUUCAGAGCCUUGUCCACUUUGUAAAACUGAUUUAACUUCAAGUCAAUCCAAUUUUGAUACGUGGCUUCAGUGUGAUGCGUGUUCUGACUGGUAUCAUGCUCAUUGUCUAAAGAUUGAUAACGUUGAACUAGUAGAAAAAUUUUAUUGUCCACAAUGUCAAGCAAAAUGGGGACCAACAACAUGUGAGUUUAAGGAUGUAUAUAAAUAUAUAUAUAUUGGACAUAUUUUUGAUUGCUGAAAAAACUGCAGAUAAAUCCAUUCGAAAAUCAUCCCGAUCUCAGGCUAGAUUGAACUAUGCAGACCUAAACGAAGGAACAGCUGCAGGAGAUGAACGGAUCUGGCAAAAGCUACUGAGAGCAAAGACAUUUCAAAAGGAUCGAUUUGAAAGGUAUCCAGCUGAUAAAGUCAACUUGGAUUUGUUCAGAAAGACAGGAUUUAGAGAGCCUUUUGUUAUUGAAAAGAAUGAAUCCGCUUUUGGAAUGAAGAUGCCGAGUGACCUGACAGUCCAGAAAGUGGCUGAUUUAGUUGGAAGAGACCGACCAAUUGAAGUGAUUGAUGUCGCGACACAAUCUGAGAUCACAGGCUGGACACUAGGUCGUUGGGCAGAUUACUACACUCAUCCCGAUCGAGACAGGAUUCGUAACGUGAUCAGCUUGGAAAUAAGUGAGACGGCAUUAGCAGAAAAGAUAACAAGGCCUACUGUUGUCAGAGAGAUGGAUUGGGUGGAUCAUAUGUGGCCAAAGAGGAUAAAAGAGCGUCCAAAAGUGCAAUUGUAUUGUUUGAUGGGCACAAGGGACUCUUAUACUGAUUUUCAUAUUGACUUUGGUGGAAGUUCGGUAUUCUAUCACGUUCUCAACGGACUAAAGACGUUUUACUUGGUUGAGCCAACACCCAAAAACUUGAAAAAGUACCAAAAAUGGUCAUCAUCGCCCGAUCAAUCUGUUACUUUCUUUGGAGAUUUAGUAAAAGAGUGUUACUCUAUCGAACUGAAGGCUGGAAACACAAUGUUUAUUCCAACUGGUUGGAUCCAUGCUGUUUAUACACCUGAAGAUGCACUUGUCAUUGGUGGUAACUUUUUACACUCAUUCAAUAUCGCUACCCAGCUACGUGUCUAUCAAAUCGAACAAGCGACGGAUGUGCCCUUGAAGUUUCGGUUCCCUUACUAUAAAAAACUAAAUUGGUACGCUCUCAUCAAGUUUGAUGAAUGGCUAAAGGAGAAGAAGAUAUUUUCUUACUUUGAGCUUGAAAGUAUGGCUGUCUUGGCCCUCUUCUUUGCAAACAGUCUUACAGAAGACAUUGGUCAUGAAAGGAAGGGUACAUUGAGUCAAAGCAUCAGAAAUCGACACGAGAUUCCAGACAUAAUUGAAGAUCCUCUUGAUUUAACCAAACGAGUGCUUGAAAAUUCAAAAUUGGCUUUACUUUCGAUUGAUAUUCCAUUGGCCAAGGCCAGUCCAAAGAAGAAGAAGAAUCCAAAAAAGCCAAAAUUGUCCAAAGAUGAAGUAGCAGUAACUGAUGAUGAUGAAGAUACGGAAGAAACGGGAGCAGUCAAGGAUGAAGAAGAUGACGAUUGGAAUCCCAAUGAGGAUCAUGAUGAUGACUAUGAAGAUGUGAAUAUUGUGAAUAUACCCAUGCAAAUGAACAAUCCAUCUGUGAAGCCUAUAAAAAAGAUCAAUCGAAGGCAAACUUUAGGAAACAGUGAUGAAGAUGACAUGGGAACAUCCUCAGCAAGAAAGCCAACGAAACCAAUUGAAAAGAGAAAGAGGUCUGACUCAUGCAGCUCUUCACAGAAAAGCACAACUGUAAAGCAAAGAUUGCUUGAACGAAUGUUGAAUAAGCGCCGUUAGUUUAUUUUUACAGUAUUUCCAGAAAGUAAUGUUGCAAAAAUUCAAUUUUUACAAUACAAAAUAUACAAGAAUGUGCCAUCUUGGCGCGACAUUAGUUUUUAAAAACUGUACAGCAGACGAUGUUGGUUUUUUUCUUGAACGAAUCAAAAUUAAAAUUUAGACAUCCUGCUUACCUUUUUUGGACAAACAAAAGAGGAAUUUUUGAUAAAAGGUUAUUUAGUUUUUAGAUGAAGAGGGAGAAAAGUCAAAUAUAAUUUACCUGCA